AUUCCUUCACAAGACGCGCGGACACGCCCCAUCGCGCACGGCCUCUUUAUAACGGUCCUGACUGAAGCACCAACAGUCAACAGGAUUGUAAGGCAGCGCUUGAGGCUGUAGAAAAUCCUUAAUAUCUGGAAUAAGGACUCUGUGAGAACUUUAAGAUAUGGAAAUGUACCAAGCUGGAUUUUACACAGAAGACUUCAGAACUCAAGAGGUUCCUGGUGGUUUUGACUUCAGCUCAUAUGACUGCAGUGGUGAAGACCUGUCCUUUUUAUUAGACAGCAAAGGACCUGCCCAACAGCAGUAUCCAGAAACCUAUUCAGAGCCCCAGAAGGAGCAUUUGCACAGUGCUAAAGGUCAUACUCUUGUAGACUCUGGACUGUUUAAUCUGGACUCCUUCCCUGAGUUUAGCUGCUGGGCAUCAUACACUAACAUUCCAGAAGGAAUGGUAGCAGACAGGCAGCAGGUUGCCUUUCAGGAAUCUACUCAAACCUACCAGAACCUCGUCCCUCUAUGCACUCCAGCACAAAGUAGCCCAUUCAGCCCAGGGAUGGACACCAGCAGCCAUUACCAACCUGGGAAAGGUCCGAGUCAAAGAGGAGCAACCGGUACUGUCAGUCUGGACCAUUUGGGUGAUACAGAGAGACCAUAUGCCUUGUAUGAAGCAGAGCAGCAAAGCAGGCCUUCAUAUUGGUCCGACUACCCCUCACCCAGUUACUGCACUUCCAUGCUUGGGCAGCAGACAUCCUCUUCAUCACCUCCAGUUACUCAAUCCUCUGAGCUAUUUUGCCCCCGUGUGGCCAAAAGGCGUAGCGCACCAGCUCAAAGAUCAGACAGGGAGGGUGAAAUGACACCAAUGUCUGCCUACCCAGGAUCUGGGCCUAUACAGCUUUGGCAGUUUCUGCUGGAACUUCUUCUGGAUUCUGCUUGCCACACUUUCAUUAGCUGGACUGGGGAUGGCUGGGAGUUUAAAAUGUCAGAUCCUGCAGAGGUGGCGAAGCGGUGGGGCCAGUGUAAGAACAAGCCCAAAAUGAACUACGAGAAGCUAAGUCGUGGUCUGCGUUACUACUACCACAAAAACAUCAUUCACAAAACAGCAGGGAAGCGCUACGUCUACCGCUUUGUCUGUGAUGUGCAAGGCAUGCUUGGUAAAACGGCACACGAGGUCUUUGCAAGUCUAAACAUCUCACCACCAAAUGCAGCAUCUCCACAGUCUGUAAGCACAACCAGACCGGAGGAAAACACAGAGUCCUGGGCACAUUAGAGGAGAACAUUUUCAAAUGCCUGUAAUGAUUGAAAAGAACUGUAAAACCAUCCCCUGGAAAUAGUAACGACAAAGAAAUGACUGACUGUUCCGUUCGAAGAUAUGUACUUUAAACUGAUUUGGGUGAAUGAGUGACAACAGAUCUGAAAUCAGCCAUCAAAUGCAGUAAGGUGCCUUUAGAAAACAUUGUUAGCUACCUCUUUUGACGUUGGAACACUAAUCUUGUAAAUGUAUUUUUUUUUCUUAAGUAAGUUGAUGUCUUGACAUCAGAUUGUGAAUUCUUGUAAAUAAAUGUAAUGUUACAGUAGACGUCUUUUCACAAAA